CCCGCUCCGGAAGGGGCGGGGCGGGGCGGGUCAGGUCAGUGCGGGCGUUGGGCGCGCGCGCGGUGCCGUUGGUCGUGCGGGGAGUGCGCGGGCGGUGGUGGAGGACGGUUGCGCUGCGCGCACCUCGCCUGGCCCCGCCAUGCCGCCGCCGAACCAGACGCCGCUCCCGGACUGGGACGGCCUGAAGCUCCGCGUGCGGACCCUCAUCGGCUCCCACCGCGUCAUGGUCUUCAGCAAGAGCUACUGCCCCUACUGCAACAAGGUAAAAGAACUCUUCCGUUCCUUGGGUGUAGAAUACUAUGCUUUGGAACUUGAUGUAACUGAUGAUGGACCCAGUAUUCAGCAAGUAUUAGCAGAGCUAACUAAUCAGAGGACAGUUCCUAAUGUAUUUGUGAAUGGAAGGCAUGUAGGUGGAUGCGAUUCAACUUUCCAGGCUUAUCAGAAUGGAUCACUGCAGGAACUUCUUGGGGAUAGCAAAGAUGCAGAGCCCUAUGACUAUGACCUCAUUAUUAUUGGUGGUGGCUCUGGUGGACUUGCUUGUUCCAAGGAAGCUGCUGUCUUAGGAAAGAAAGUAAUGGUAUUGGAUUAUGUUGUUCCAACACCUCUAGGUACCUCAUGGGGACUCGGUGGCACUUGUGUAAAUGUAGGUUGCAUUCCUAAGAAACUAAUGCACCAAGCAGCACUUCUGGGACAGGCACUCCAAGAUUCAAGGAAAUAUGGCUGGCAGUAUGAAGAACAAGUUAAACACAACUGGGAGAUCAUGGUAGAAGCAAUUCAAAACUACAUAGGUUCUUUAAACUGGGGCUAUCGAGUGUCCUUAAGAGAGAAGUCUGUGACAUACAUCAAUUCCUAUGGAGAAUUUGUUGAACCACACAAAAUAAAGGCAACUAACAGGAAAGGACAAGUAACCUAUCAUACAGCAGAGACUUUUGUCCUGGCCACAGGGGAAAGGCCUAGAUAUCUGGGUAUCCCUGGAGAUAGAGAGUACUGUAUCACAAGCGAUGACCUCUUCUCCCUGCCUUACUGCCCUGGCAAAACUCUAGUUGUGGGUGCUUCCUAUGUGGCUCUGGAGUGUGCAGGAUUUCUUGCUGGUCUAGGUCUGGAUGUCACAGUGAUGGUGCGUUCCAUACUCCUUCGGGGAUUUGACCAAGAAAUGGCAGAAAGAGUAGGUGCCCACAUGGAAACACACGGUGUGAAGUUCAUCAGAAAGUUUGUACCUUCUCAGGUCGAAAAGCUGGAGGAAGGCAUGCCUGGAAGACUGAAAGUGACAGCGAAGUCAACUGAGGGGCCAGAAGUUUUUGAAGGAGAAUAUAAUACUGUUUUGAUAGCCAUUGGUCGUGAUGCCUGUACCAGAAAUAUUGGUUUAGAGACAAUUGGUGUCAAAAUCAAUGAGAAGAAUGGGAAAGUACCCGUAAAUGAUGAAGAACAAACCAAUGUGCCUUAUGUUUAUGCUAUUGGUGAUAUCUUGGAUGGAAAACUUGAACUUACUCCAGUUGCCAUUCAAGCAGGAAAACUGCUAGCCCGCAGGCUUUAUGGUGGUAGCUCUACAAAGUGUGACUAUAUCAAUGUACCAACGACAGUGUUUACUCCUUUAGAGUAUGGCAGCUGUGGAUUAGCUGAAGAGAGAGCCAUGGAAGAAUAUGGAAAGCAAAACUUAGAGGUUUAUCACAGUUUGUUCUGGCCACUUGAAUGGACAAUACCAGGAAGAGACAACAAUACUUGUUAUGCAAAGAUCAUCUGCAACAAACAUGACAAUAACCGUGUGAUAGGUUUCCAUGUUCUUGGACCUAAUGCUGGUGAAGUUACCCAAGGUUUUGCUGCCGCAAUAAAAUGUGGUCUCACCAAAGAAUUACUUGAUGAAACAAUUGGUAUCCAUCCAACUUGUGCAGAGGUGUUCACUACAAUGGACAUUACAAAAUCUUCAGGACAAGAUAUCAGUCAACGGGGCUGCUGAGGUUAAACCUGCUGUUUUAUCUGUUUUCACAUUGUACACACUUGGCUCUGUGGAAGCCCUAGUACAUCAACUACUUUUGGGCAAAAUAAACAUUUGCAUCAGUACCAAUGUAUGUACUGCAGCCGGGAGAGGUGCCUUUGUAAGGCUUCCUGAGUAAAUAGUGUUGCAAAUGGAAACAGUCUUACAGCAGGGAAAACUUGAACUGUAAAUCCUGACUUUGCUUGGAAACGGCACUAAUGUGCUUUUUUGACGUUCUGGCUCGGAACCUUAUUGUGAGGUGAGCUACGACUGAUGACUGCCAUGCAAGGGUGGGAGAUCUCUUCAUCCAGUCAGAUGACUGAACUCCUGAAGGAAAUGAAGUUGCACAAAUUAAAGCUAACACUUUUAGGCUCCAGUGUCUUGUGUAAAUGCCCUAGACAGAGGACAAAUGUAUAACUGAAUGAUUCUUGCCUAAGUUUACAGUUUACUGAUUUGUUUUGAUGCAUUUUGCUUUACUUAAUUGUAUAUCCAGUUGAGGCAAGAUGGCACAAAACAAAUGCAAGUGACAAGCAGUGCAGUUCAAGCACUAGUCUCUCGUCUCAACCAUUCUAAAACUUCUACGUAAUGUAAGACAUUGCUGUUAACAUUCAUAGUUGUUUGACCUCAGGUGACAUGCCUUCAAGAUACACAUUUCAGUGGUAGGAAUCUUGUGUGUUAGGAUUGAAGUGCAUGAGCACUAGAAUGCAAGACCUUGUCAGGCUGCUGUUUCUGUUCAUGAGUAUUUUCAGUGCUAAUAGUCUCAAAUCUGAUUUCAGCUCUCCAAUGUAAAAUAUCACAUGAAUCAGAACUGCAAGUCAGUACUAUUAUAUGGAGUAUUGAAAUCUGGUGGAGAAGGGUCUAAGAGCACACUGUUCCACUCGUAUAGCAGGUGCCUGUCCCUGAUGGUAAUAUGCAUUGUAUAGAAUGUCUGAUGCAUGUGUUGCAGCAGAGAACAAUGAAUAAGUGUGCUGUCAUGGUUUGUGUAGCGUCUUGUAUAGUCAGUAGUCUGAGGCUUUAUUCCACCCCUAGCAUUCUGUUCUGGGGGAAUUAUGCUUGAAUUUGGCUUUUCAGUUUUGUCCAAAGAGAUGUUUUGAAAGACUAUUCUGAACACUGUAUGAUAGUAAAUGAACAGGUUUUUAACUAUUUAAUCUGUGAUGUAUCAUGGAAUUUGAAGUUCAAUAAACAAAACAUACAACA